CAGCGCCAAAAUGGCUAGAAGAGAGAAAUAUAUGAAUAUGCAAGACAACGAGAAGUGGGAAUUUUAAUCACCCAAAUGUGAAGGAAUAGGCCUGAUCACAGAAUCAUCCACAGUGGAAGACGUGACGACGAUAUGGAAGCUCAUACCCGCACGAACAGAGGGAUUGUGACUUCAUACUUUCUAUUCUGUACCUGAAACCUUGUAUUCUGAUACUGGGACUCAAGAUCUUGCAUCUUAAUAUUAGGACUCACUGAUGGUAGACCUCAUUUGACACGCGUGUGGUAGAGCUCACAGAUUCCCAAACACGAGCUAAAAUGUUUUCUAAAAGACAAGGCUCGAACCAGGAGCUAGACACAAAGUCUACCCUGCUGGAGAAACCCGAGGUAGACGAACAGGUCAAAGUGGACAUUGUUGGCGAGGAGAUAGAUCCCAGCAAACUUUACUACACCCUCACGGAAAACCCGCCUGUACCAUUAACUGUCGCAGUCGCUUUUCAGCACAUACUGAUGAGUUUGGCUUCAUGUCUCGCCACGGCUUUCAUAAUCUCCGACGUGAUAUGUGCCGAGCUAGACAGUCCAAUUCGCAAUCGUCUUUUCUCUACAACUCUGUUCAUGGCAGGAAUCUCCACCAUACUGCAAACGUAUCUGGGCGUCAGAUUACCGGUGUUUCAAGGCCCCUCGUCAUCUUUUAUUGUCCCUCUUCUGGCUCUACGGGCAGACAAGGCUUGGGCUUGUGAUCGAGUCACAGCCGACAACACAACAUACAGCCUAAUGGCGGAAGACAACUCCACUAUGGCGAUAACAAAGUUUUCACAGUCAGAAAAACUUCAAAUGCUGUCAGGAAGUCUAAUGGUGGCUUCACUUGCGGAAGUAAUCGUCGGCUGCACAGGAAUGGUUGGACCCUUACUUCGCUUAAUUGGCCCCAUGACUGUGGCCCCUACAAUCUCUUUGAUAGGGAUCUCUCUCUAUAAAGUGACCAUCAUCUAUGCCCGAUCUCAGUGGGCCAUAGCUUUAGCUGGCACGAUCCUCGUUCUUGUGUUUGCUUUGUACCUGCCUCACAUCACCGUCCCAAUUCCAACUCGGAGCCGUGGAAAAAGGGGUGUACUUCGACUUCCACUUUUUCAGCUACUUCCGAUUCUGCUGAGUAUUUUGAUCAUGUGGGCAGUGUGCGGGAUCCUCACUGUAACCGGAGUUCUCACAAACGACAGCGACGACAUCGAGUUCCUCGCCAGGACAGACGCCAAGAGCAACAUCUUCGACAUGACGCCAUGGUUCCUGGCCCCAUAUCCUGGUCAGUUUGGAAUACCAAAAUUCCACACAGCUGUCUUCAUUGGGUUUCUUGCCGCCAUCACAGCGUCCAUGGUCGAGUCGGUGGGCGACUACUUCGCCUGCUCCAAGUCCGCCGAUGUCCCGCCGCCGCCCAAUCACGCCGUGACACGGGGCAUAUUUAUGGAGGGAAUAUGCAGCGUCCUAUCCGGCGCCCUUGGCGCUGGCCAUGCUACGACGUCGUACAGUGGAAAUGUGGCUGCUAUAAAUCUGACUAAAACAGCCAGCAGGAUUGUGAUGCUUUUUGCUGGAAUCAUCCUGGUCAUCAUUUCAGUGGUUGGGAAGUUCGCCGCCGUGUUCGCCAUGAUCCCGAACCCGGCGCUGGCCGGCUCGCUGGUGGUCGGUUUUGGAAUGCUCAUCUCGCUGGGCAUCUCCGCCCUCAAGUACGUCGAUCUGUCGUCCUCCAGGAAUCUGCUCAUCCUCGGAGUGUCCAUGAUGGUCGGGAUCAUGAUGUCAGAGUGGGUGGGAAAAUACCCAGACUUUGUCACCUCGGGCAAUAUUGAACUGGACUCGACUAUUAAAGUUAUUUUCGGAACACCAAUGUUCCUGGGAGGCAUCACGGCUUGUCUGCUUGACAAUACAGUUCGAGGAACUGAAGAAGAAAGAGGACUGGUAGCAUGGCGGCAAAGUCACAUGUCAUCAAAAAGUAAUGCUCAAACAAGUAACAAAUCUGAGAAGAUAAAAGCAAAGGACUCGAACGAUUUAACGGAAGCAGACGUGUACGAGUGGAACUGCAUACCAGCUUUAUAUUCGUGCAUGCCCUGUUUGAGUAAACUGCCAUUUAUGCCCCCACUUCGCGCAAAAGAAACAAUUUUCAAAGAAGAAGCAUCCGGUGAAAAAUCCUCAUCUGUGUGAUACAGGAAUGUUUUGGGUUAAAUAAAACAGUUUGUAAACUGAUAUAUCAGCAGGUAUUAGCCUGUUCAGCGACAUUGUAGUAGUAAAAGAAGCUGAAUAUGUUUGAAAAAAUUGAAAUAACCACACAUGGGAACAGUAAUUUCUUUAAUAAGACCAAGAGAAGCUUGGUGUACUCGGACUGUGAUGUGAAAUUUUUUUGAAGGGACUGAUUAAUUGUUUCCCUAACUUACGUUUUGGGAAGCCAUUUAAUGUAUGAUCAUACUGUGCAGAUAUUUAUUCCUGUGCUAUAUACUAUACUAUACUAUACAAUACAAUACAAUACAAUACAAUACAAUACAAUACAAUAUAAUAUAUUCACAUAAGGGGAGCUAAACAUUACUCUUCUUGAUUAAUCUUACGGGUGUGAUGGAGAAUCAGAAUAAAAACUCACCUUAUAUGGCAAGGUCUGUGUCCUUGACUUUUAUUUACAACCAAUCAGACGAUUAAUUUGCUGACCUUCACCUUUUACGUGUAUUUUCAAGUUUUGAAGUCAUUAUAAUUAAAACAAUGAAUUCUCAUUUACCAUUAUAUUUCUAAAACACAUGUAUAAUUAUUUAUACGGUACCAAGGGUCUAUCUCUGUUUAAGAAGUGACCUGGUGAUCAUUAUGUACUUACAAUUUACUGUAGGUUAAGUUUUUAUACAUACAUGUAAAGUGUUUCUUUGCUUUUUUAAAUAAAAUGUCUUGA